AGGUCAAUGUUGCAUGCAAUUUCUGCCCCCAACACUUGUGUAUGCCACCGGAAAAGCCCUGGCUUUGGAAGAAGACAUUUAGUAACAUCGAGGCUUUGCAUUUCUUCUUCAUUACCUGAUGCAGAUGGAGUUAAAGUGGAGUAUACUCCCUGGCUGAUUAUUGGAUUGGGAAACCCUGGGAAUAAGUAUCAUGGAACCAGGCACAAUGUUGGUUUUGAAAUGAUUGAUCGCAUUUCUCAAGAAGAAGGCAUUAUGUUGAACACAAUACAGUUGAAAGCAUUAAUAGGAAUAGGUUCGAUUGGAGAGGUUCCAGUUUUAUUGGGAAAACCUCAGGCAUACAUGAAUUUUAGUGGGGAAUCGAUUGGACCACUUGCUGCCUACUACCAAGUACCGUUGCGUCACAUCUUAGUGGUUUAUGAUGAGAUGAGCCUGCCAAAUGGUGUCAUGAGGCUUCAACCAAGAGGAGGGCAUGGCCAUCAUAAUGGGUUGAAGAGUGUGAUGGACCAUUUGGAUGGUUGCCGUGAAUUUCCUCGGCUGAGCAUAGGUUGGUUUAAGCAUUGGCAAUCCCCCUGGGAAAAUGGAUAUGAGAGCAUAUUUGCUGCAGAAGUUCAGUUCAGAGGAGCGAAAGCAGGUACAACUUUUCUCAAGCUCUAAUGGAUUGUUCUUUUCUUU